GUUGAUCGGGAAGGCCCUUGGUCAGCGCCAUCUAACAAUAGAGUCCAGAACUUUCGUACUGGUAACUGUCAAAAGCUCGAAAAGACAAGAUUCAUGGUCCGCUUGUGUUUUGGUUUAGUUUUCGUGGCGCCUGAAAUCGAAAGAAAAACAUGUCAUACUCGCCCAUGAACGAUGCCGUCUUAGCUGGCGUUCCACGUCUACUGGAUGAUUUACAGAAACUUUUGGAAACUCACGAUCACGCAGACAUCCUCUUUCUAGUUGGUCGCGAGGAGACGGCGUUUUAUGCUCAUCGCCUGUUGCUCAACGCUCGGUGCAAGACAGCUACUUUUCUCAAGAGGGCUGUGCUGCCUGGCUCAUCUACACAGACCAUUAGGUUGCCAAACCACAAACCAGACAAUUUCAAAACAGCAUUAAUCUAUCUCUACACUGGCAAAGUCCUCCUAGAUGAUCAAAAUGUCUUUGAAGUGUGGACGCUGUCUCAGGACUUGAAUCUCGAGGAACUCCGGCUGUUCUGUGAAGAUCACAUCACCAGAAGCCUGAAUGUGGAUAAUGCUUGUGCAUUGUUGGCAUCAGCGUUGGCCAAAGAAGAUCAGCUAAUCCAGAGGAAUAACACUUCUGGCCCAAGUUUCGUGGAGCGUUGUGUCCAUUUUAUUGGUGACAAUGCUAUCGAGUGCUUUCAAACUACUGCCUUCUUGAGAUUAUCGAAAGAUGCCCUCAUUUGCCUUGUUUCUUCUGAUCAUUUAGCUUUGGAGGAGGUCGAAAUUUGGCGAGCAGUGCUGAACUGGGCAAGGCAUCAGGCCAACGUAUCCCAGUCGAAUACUCAAUUGUGGAACGAGGACGAACGUCAGCGUGUUUGUCAGUCUUUGGGAGGUGUCAUCAAUCACGUCCGGCUUCUAUUGAUAGACAGCCAAGUUUUUGCCGAAGAAGUUGAACCAACGGGAGCCGUCCCUAUGGAAGUUUCGCUUGAACGCUACCGAUUAGCUGCAUUGCCGGCAAAGUUCCGCGAGCAGCAGCAGCAACAACAGCAACAGCUCCCUCAGCAACCCGUCAACCAUGAAGAUAAACGACUCCAACCGCGCGUGCCCACCAAAGCCUUUGCUAAUUCUCAAAUCCUCAACCGGGAUCGCCUUCCCUUGCAGAACGUGCUCAAUCAAUGGUACUCGAAUAUGGUGUCCACGACCCUAUCGAGUAUCACAUGGAAACUUGUAUUUCGUGCCUCGCAGUACGAUUUUUCGGCUUCGGAAUUCCAUCGCAUCUGUGACGGAUUGGCUCCUCUUUACAUCGUAAUUCUUGGCCCCAAAGGCGAGGUCUGUGGAGGAUUCACGGAUGUUCCUUGGACCCUUCCACCGGCCAGUCAACCCGUUGUGAGCAACAAAGGUCGUUACAUUGCUUCGGAUCGAGCCUUCCUCUUCACUCUAGUGGAUGGGCAUGGUCACGUGUCUCCUCAGCGAUUCGACAUCACGAAAAAGACAUUCGGUAUUUGUUACCACCUCGAAUGCGGGCCAAUUUUUGGGGCAGGUGCUGACCUCUAUGUAUCGGAUCAAUGCCAUGUCAACAUGGAUUCUUACUCGAAUUUGCCUCAUUCCUAUGACGGUGAAGACGCUUCCCCCGACUCGCUCAUGGGCGAUUAUAACUUUUCCGUUCUUGAAUACGAAGUCUAUACUCCUGCAUUGAAAUGAACAGGCCCUGCUACAUACUCAUUAUUACGUAUACGCUUCGUCGCAAUUCCGUCCAAAACAACGAUAUUAUUUUUGUUUCUGAAUGCAGCUGUUAUAUUAUCACGUUUUCUGGCCAUUUAUUUUCUUGUUCCUUUAGGAAACAAUAUACUUUACCGUUUUUUUUUC